AUGAGAGGUGCUGUGCAUGUCUCCAUCAUGUUCCUCCUGGCAACUGCAUCUGACUGUGCUGUGAUCACUGGGGCCUGUGAGCGAGAUGCCCAGUGUGGGGCAGGCACCUGCUGUGCCAUCAGCUUGUGGCUUCGGGGGCUAAGUAUAUGCACCCCACUGGGUCGGGAAGGAGAGGAGUGCCACCCGGGCAGUCACAAGAUCCCCUUCUUCCGGAAACGCAGGCGCCACGCGUGUCCCUGUUCGCCCGCUCUGCUGUGCUCCAGGUUCCCCGAUGGCAGGUACCGCUGCUCCGUGGACUUAGAGAACAUCAGCUUUUAG